CGGAGCUAUUUGCAGGCGGAACCGGAAGAGUAGCGAAGCACAACUUCCACACAUGUGUAGAGACGAGGGUCAGCCUCGUCGCUCAGAGUCCUAGGUUCCAGCGUGAAGCUGACAUUAAUAACGUUAACAUCACCAAGCCACAAGUCAAACCCGAGCCCGGGAAGGCUGCGUGGAAGCGAUGGCGGAGAUCGUUCAGCAGCGGAUCGAGGACAGAAUCCCCGAGCUCGAGCAGCUGGAGAGGGUGGGACUGUUCACCAAGAAAGAAGUCAAAUCCAUAAUCAAGAGAGCAACGGCCCUGGAAUACAAGCUCCACAGGCUGAUUGUAAACAAGGAGGACUUUGUUGCAUACAUUCAGUAUGAAAUCAACGUUUUAGAGCUGAUCAAGAAGAGAAGAGCGCACAUACACUACCAGUUCAAAAGAGAAGAGAUCGAGUUCCCCAUCAUCCAUAGAAUAACCAGUAUCUUCAGAAGAGCAACGAACAAGUGGAAGGACGAUGUGCAGCUUUGGCUCUCACAUGUUGCUUUCUGUAAGAAAUGGGCCACCAAGGGCCAGAUCAGCAAGGUGUUCUCGGCCAUGCUUGCUAUCCACCCUGACAAACCAGCCCUGUGGAUCAUGGCCGCCAAGAGUGAGUUGGAGGACAGAAAUUCCUCUGAAAGUGCCAGGCACCUGUUUCUGAGGGCUCUGCGCUUCCACCCAAACAACAGCAAGGUCUACAAGGAGUACUUCCGCAUGGAGCUGCUGCAUUGUGAGAAACUGAGGAAGCAGAAGAGAGAUCUGGAGAAGGCUGAGAUGGAUCUGGGUGAAUAUGAGUUCUCUCCGGAGAUCCUGAGUGGUAAACUGGCUGAGGUUGUGUACAGAGACGCUACAGGGAAAAUCAAAGAGGCAGAGUUUGUCAUCGCACUUCUGAACAUCGCAGCGAUCUUUGACUUUACCAAAGAACUCCAGGACUCCAUCCUGCAAGACUUAAAGACUAACUUCAUAGGGGACAGCUUGACGUGGGAUUUCAUGGCCAGGAGGGAGCUGGAGGCUCCCGGGGCUGGGGAGGAGCUGCAGACAGCAAAAGGGCGGGCUUCAGAUAUCAACCGAAGAGAGGCGCGCUGCUGCCAGGUCUAUGAGGAGGGCGUCAAGAGCCUCAACACUGAGCCCAUGUGGACCUGCUAUGUGGCCUUCUGCUUGGAAAGGCUGAAGAGAAAGACCAACGUCCAAGAGCUGAGGGAAAAGAGGCAGGAGAGGCUGCUGGGAGUGCUGCAGCGCGCCAGCGACGCCUCACUGUUGAAGGAGGAUUAUUAUAAGAAUUGGCUGCAGAUUCUGCUCUCAUCUGGAGACGCCGAGGGAGGGGCCAGCGUUGCCAUGGCGGCCAUGCAGCGCUACAGCCAGUCGGUGUCAGUGUGGAGCCUGGGUCUGCAGACGCUAAUGCAGCUGGGGAGCGGAGACAUGGGCGGGCUAUUCCAGGAUGCUCUCAAACAUGUCAAUCCUAAGGAGAGUCUACCACUUUGGCAGCUGCAGGUCCAGUGGAGCGCAGCCAACCAGAGCCCUGAGGAAACAGAGGCCGUCUUCAAGAGGGGUCUCCUGUCUGCAGUAGCAGCUGUUGCCAUGGAGAUGAAAGAGCGCUACCUUGAUUGGUCCUACUCCACUGGAGGCUACAAGAAAGCGAGGAAGACCUUUACAAGCUUACAGGAAAACCGGCCCUUGUCCAAGGCCUUUUUCACCAGAAUGAUUCAGAUCGAGCAGGAACAAGAGACUCCAAAGAUGAACAAUCUGAGAGACUACUAUGAGAGGGCCCUGCAAGAGUUUGGCACAAAAGAUGAUGAUCUGUGGCUGCAGUACAUCCAAGAGGAGCUGGGACCCCGCGGACAGCCGGAGAACUGUGGCAAGAUCCACUGGAGAGCCAUGAAGUUUCUGGAGGGGGAGAGUGUGGAGAGAUUCACCUCCAAAUAUACUCUACUCCAGACUGGACACUUAUGAGUAGACGUGUAAGGAGAUCGAG